AUGGCUUCUUUACAGUUCCACGAUCCUGGAUGGCAUGGUGAUCUCAAAACGCCUGUUGUCGACGGCAAGUAUUUGGAUCCCAAAUCGGGUGAAAUAAGGGCUAUUGAAGAUGAUGUGACGGACGACGGUCAUCCCGGGUAUUAUGGAGGGCCACCUGCUGUUGAUAUAAUUGUCAAGAGCAUCCACGAAGAUACCAUAGGCUGCACCUACCGUGCGGCGCGACCAUUCCCCAUGGAAGCUCUUCUGUCUACCAUUAUGAAGAUUGUAAAGGAAAAGCAGCUCGAGCUUGAUUCCGUCAUGGCAACGCCGUAUGCAAUUCGGGUCAAUCUAGCCAGCAAACUGACGCAAGAUGAAUUCCGCAAAAUUGGAGGGAGAAUGAUGAAUGCGAUAUAUGAUGAAAAGGAAUAA